AUGCCACCUACCCCGGUUCAAUCGAUAACAACACCUUCGAGCGAUGAGACGCCGAACUUUUCAGCGCAACAGACAUACUUGAAUCAAACGAGCGAGCUCGACAUCAACGGCCUUGUAGAAACAAGUCCGUGCACUUCCGAUGACUUCAAUGGACCUGAAGAGCCAGAGUGGCAGAGGCGGUUGAGUUCCUUGCCUCUCGGUGACAUCACCAAGUUCGAGAUACCUUUUCACAACUUGCAGUGUUUGAAUUGUUCGACACCGUGCUAUCAAAGAUUCAACGAUGUGUUAGAUGGAAUUCGGAAGGCCGUCGACUUGUUACACGAGGCCAUGGCUAUUCCAGCCCAAAUCAUGAAGAACUCGCAGGAAACAAUACCCCCCGCUAGCAGUUUACCGAAUAACAAACUAGACGGCUCUCAGAGAGUCACGGUCCAAGACUUGGAUUGCAAUGAUUUGUCCGACAAUACAUUUAUUUCCCAACUUCUUCAGAGUGGCGAAGAUUGGGUAUCUUCACGGUCAGCUGGUAGUCCAUCUGUCUAUAUAGGAAACGAAGAUCUCGAUAUGCUGGUUGAUACACAAGGGCUAGAGGAGAUAACAGACCCGACAUAA